GUCAUCUAGCUACCCUGAGAGUGGCACUUCAGACUAUCACUUGGAUGAGCACCUUCCUCUGCCUCGCGCAAGUUUGCUCCAUGCCUUGCCAGUUAAAAGAACAGCUGGUGCGAACAACCCACAACCUACUGAGAGACAUGGUACAUUUUUUAAAUUACUUUGGGCUUUAAUUGUAGUAUCUAACAAAGUGUAUUAACUGACCAACUCAGCCUGACUUCUGUGUUUUGUCUUUCUUUCAGGGAGGUAAUUUUCCUCUGGAGUGCCUGCAGGAUAAUGUCUUCAUGGCAUUCCCAGCCACUGCUUUCGCAACCUCCGGCGCGCCACAGGUAACCGCAUGGGCUCAUAUCCAAGUGUUCAUUAGAGCAUGAAAGUAUAUUUGCAACCCUUACAAUAAAUAAGACAAUCUUACACUGUCAUAUGUUAUUUGAAAUUAUUGUUCUUGUCCGUUUCAGUUGAGCAGCAGCGGUGUUAAGUCUAUUUAUGAGACAUUGAAGAACAUCGACUCAUUGUUUGGAGUUGACGACCUGCCAACAAUGUGGGACCAACAGAAGUUGGAGUAUUUUCAGAAUAUUAUCUACCGUCAGAUUGAAGAGAGCAAAUGUGUGAGUACCUACCUAUGCUAAUACAGAUUACUUAAACAUUUGAAUUAUUUUUGUUCGCCUGCCUCUUCUCUUCUUGUGUCAGAUGAUGGGGAGUGUGGAUACACGUGAUUAUCUAGUAUGGGCAAAGGUGCUGAAGACAUACUUCGGGAACAUCGCAGAAGUCCUAAAAGAAAAAGUAGGAUAAAAGCAAAAAUACUAUAAUAGAAAACACUACUUUGAUAAUAUAUAUGUCAAUAUUAGCCUACAUUUCCCUAACAGUUUAUUUGUAUUUUCACAGAAUUUCAGUUACUGCGCCUGGGAAGUGCUUCGAAAAGAGCUCCUGUACACCCUACAGUUCAUUCUGGAACACAACUCUGAUAGCCUUUUGUGGUCCAACAGAACA